AUGGCAAAUAUUCUAUACUACCCCCAGAAACCGUUGGCCACUACCCGUUCGAUGGAGUUCCUCAAAUUCAGAGAGCUUCCUGCCGGUCAGAAUGCUAUAGUCGCAAUUCUCUGCUAUAGUGGUUACAAUCAGGAGGAUUCUGUCAUCAUGAAUCAGAGCAGUAUUGAUCGUGGAUUGUUCCGGAGUUUGUUCUAUCGAUCCUAUAUGGAUCAAGAGAAACGGAUCGGAAUGCAAAUUGUAGAAGAGUUCGAGAAGCCAACGAGGAACAACACGCUUAAACUGAAGCACGGCACCUAUGACAAAUUGGAUGAUGAUGGGCUGAUCGCCCCCGGUGUGAGAGUUUCGGGAGAGGACAUUAUUAUUGGCAAGACAGCGCCAAUCGCUCCUGAUGUCGAUGAAAUGGGCCAGAGACAAAAAUACCAUACCAAACGCGACGUUUCUACACCACUUAGAAGCACAGAGAACGGUAUCGUUGACCAGGUCAUGCUUACCACAAACGCUGAGGGUUUGAAGUUUGUUAAAGUCCGAAUGAGAACAACUAAGAUUCCACAGAUUGGAGACAAAUUUGCCUCUAGGCAUGGACAAAAGGGCACGAUCGGUAUUACGUACAGACAAGAAGACAUGCCCUUCACUUGCGAAGGAAUCGUUCCUGAUCUCAUUAUCAAUCCCCAUGCCAUCCCAUCCCGUAUGACGAUUGCCCACUUGAUCGAGUGCCAAUUGAGCAAAGUCUCUUCAUUACGAGGGUUCGAAGGAGACGCGACCCCUUUCACCGAUGUGACAGUUGACUCCGUAUCCACUCUUUUGCGGCAGAACGGCUAUCAGUCUCGGGGUUUCGAGGUCAUGUACAACGGCUAUACUGGUAGGAAGCUAGUUGCCCAGGUGUUCCUAGGACCCACCUAUUACCAACGCCUCAGACAUAUGGUUGACGACAAGAUUCAUGCUCGGGCCAGAGGACCUGUCCAGAUUCUCACUCGCCAACCUGUUGAGGGUCGUGCUAGAGAUGGUGGUCUUCGUUUCGGGGAGAUGGAACGCGAUUGUAUGAUCGCUCACGGUGCCAGCGCUUUUCUCAAAGAGAGACUCUUCGAGGUCUCGGAUGCUUUUAGAGUCCACAUCUGUGAUAUCUGCGGACUCAUGACGCCCAUCGCGAAUCUUAAGAAAAACCUCUUCGAGUGCCGUCCGUGUCGCAACAAGACUAAAAUUUCCCAAAUCCACCUCCCGUACGCCGCCAAGCUACUCUUUCAAGAGUUGGCUUCAAUGAACAUCGCUGCUAGGAUGUAUCAUAAACGUUCUGGCGUGAGUGUUAGAAAUUGAAGGACUACUGAAAUGAGAUAGCUCGGUUGGAUUAAUGGGUUUUUCUUUUCAUCUCUUUUGUCUGAAAAUCUUGGGUUCGGGGUUAAUUAGUGGGUAUGAAUGGAGGCCGUUUCCUUUUUUUCUUUCCUUUUUGCUCUUCCUUGAGGUAUGUUUACCGUUUUUCUUUUCAACACUUUUGAUUUCCCCCAAAUCAUUUGUUGCUCACUAGUUCCUCCCCCCCACAAAAAGGGGUAUUAGAGGACCCCAUGUACUGUACAGUUAUCACUAUUUUCCCAGUUGCGUAAAUUUUAGACUGAAUGAGAAUGUACGAUAUACUUACUGGCUAAUCGUUCAUUUUUUUCCUUUUCGUUCUCUUCUAUUUGCUUGGCGAGUGAUGUUGGAGAUUGUCGGUUUGGGUGUGGUGGAGGGAAUACCACCCCCCAGGAGAAUGGACGGAGGGGCUUUGUAUAUUAUGGUGCAUCUGUCUCCACUCCGGGGGCGUGGCGGUGUUCGUGUCUCGAUCAUUGUAUAUCACUCGAUGCAUUGAUUCCAGGGGUGCUGACUGCAGCACCCGUCCCUCGAUCAAGGGUA